GGGGGCGAGCCUUGAAGAUGGCGGCAGUGGUGGAGGUGGAGGUUGGAGGAGGUGCUGUUGCGGAACGGGAGCUAGAUGAGGUUGAUAUGUCAGAACUCUCACCAGAAGAGCAGUGGAGGGUUGAGCAUGCACGCAUGCAUGCCAAACAUCGUGGUCAUGAAGCCAUGCACGCUGAAAUGGUCCUCAUCCUCAUCGCGACCUUGGUGGUGGCCCAGCUGCUCCUAGUGCAGUGGAAGCAGAGACAUCCCCGCUCCUACAAUAUGGUGACCCUCUUUCAGAUGUGGGUUGUUCCCCUCUAUUUCACAGUGAAGCUGCACUGGUGGAGAUUCCUAGUGAUCUGGAUCUUCUUCUCUGCUGUCACCGCCUUUGUCACUUUCCGAGCCACACGAAAACCUCUAGUACAGACAACCCCAAGGUUGGUUUAUAAAUGGUUCCUGCUAAUAUAUAAAAUCAGCUAUGCUACUGGCAUCGUUGGCUACAUGGCUGUCAUGUUUACCCUCUUUGGUCUUAACUUACUAUUCAAGAUUAAACCAGAAGAUGCCAUGGACUUUGGUAUUUCUCUCCUCUUCUAUGGCCUCUAUUAUGGAGUUCUUGAGCGAGACUUUGCAGAAAUGUGUGCAGACUACAUGGCGUCUACAAUAGGGUUCUACAGUGAGUCAGGCAUGCCUACCAAACACCUUUCUGACAGCGUGUGUGCUGUGUGUGGGCAGCAGAUCUUUGUGGAUGUCAGUGAAGAGGGCAUCAUCGAGAACACGUACAGGCUGUCCUGCAAUCAUGUAUUCCACGAGUUCUGUAUCCGCGGCUGGUGCAUUGUGGGAAAGAAGCAGACAUGUCCCUACUGCAAAGAGAAAGUAGACCUGAAGAGGAUGUUCAGCAAUCCCUGGGAGAGGCCUCACGUCAUGUAUGGGCAGCUGCUGGACUGGCUUCGGUACUUGGUAGCCUGGCAGCCUGUCAUCAUUGGCCUGGUGCAGGGCAUCAACUACAUCCUGGGCCUGGAGUAGUUGGGAAGUUGCAACAUUGGAGAACCCACCCCACCCACUGUGGACCUCAGGGCGCUCUCCUCCCUGCCCACAAAGACCUCCUGGGUGGGAAAGACUCAAAAGGGUGCUUGGGCCAUUCAGGACCCCCCCCCGGCUGUGUCUGGCCUGGGGAGGGAUGUGACAGAGAGCCAACCAGCGGGGCUGUCAGCAGUGCGGGGCUUUUUAAAAGAAAACUAUUUUGAUGAAUAUAUUUAAAAAAAAAUCCUUUUUUAUUGUGGAACACAGGAGUUGCCCCCCUCCAGCCUCAGCCUGCCCAAGCAGGUUGGGAGCGGAGCCUUGACAUUUUUGGUUUAAAGGAGCCUUCUCACCUUUGGUUGAGAGCACUGGUGGGUUCUCAGGAAGCUGAGGGCCUCAGCACACCCACCCACUCUUCUUUUCCCUCUGCGGGGCUCAAGCUUGGGCCACCCAGUUUGGAAGAACUGAGGAACUCAGACUAGUGGCACAGUUGAGCACUGAGGGAUAAGCUGUCUCCUGCCCUGCCCCGUCUGGGGUAUAGGAUGAGUGUUGUGUUUGUCUCCCCAGGAGACACUGUCCAGGCGCUAAAGGCUGGGUGAGGCAAGUGGCAGCUUCAUCGGUGACUUUUUCAACAAGGGAAGUCCUGGGGCCUCGAUGUGUUUGGGACAACUGGAAGAAUCAGCAUAAUGGCACAUCUACCGCUGAGCAGGGCUGGGUCAGCUAGGAAUAGAGGCUGAGGAGAUGACUUGUAGGAGCAGUGACUGAGAGCCUCUUGGGCAAGCUGAUCCUUUGGCCUGAAAGAGGUGAUGUGCCAAAGGUCACUCUGCCAUAUCACUUCCUUCCUGAAAGCCUGAGGGCGAAUGUUCGCGUGCGUGUGCAUAUGUGUGCACACAUAGCAGCAGGACCGGCUAUGACAGAUGUCUACUUCUCCCAGUCAGCAGACGGUUUGCCCUUGAAGCUAGCAGGGGAUUCUCAGGCAAGGGGGUAUCCCUGUGUGAACGUCAUCAUUCCUGGGCUCCUCUGCCCCUCACAACAGGAAUGGUGGAUGGGUGGGAAGGAGGAUAGGCCUAGGUGAGUACACGUUCUGAAAAGGGGCUUCCAAGCAGGCCUCGGCCUUGGUCCUAGGAAUUCUGAAGGACGUGGGAGGGCCGUGGCACUGGGUUCCUACGGAAUCUGGCCCAACAGGGCCUACCCCUUCACGGACAGUGAGAACCAAGCAGGGUCUCGUCACGCAUCUGAAUAAAGCUCCGUGAGCUGGGUUGGAAAGCUCAACACCAUCUUGCUUCUCUUUCCACCUUUCUUUUGGGUCCCAGGGUUGUCUGUGUCUACUGCCCCUGUCGAGAGCCAGGGCCUGGAGGCGAUCGCCACUGCCUUUGCACUAUUCCAGCAUUCCCGGGAGUGGUGAAAGGCCAGGGAUGAGGGGCUCUGGGGCAUCACUGGGUUGGCCAGUGCUGUCACCCCCGCCCUCCUCAGUGCACUCAGCCACAUCUUCCCUGCCCAUGGUACCUCACUGCUCUUGCCACCUGUGGGGAACCUUCAGGAAGAACUGGGACUGGGCAAAGGACAGAGAGAUUGUCCUUCCUUUCAUUUCUGUCUCCCCACCCCCACAUGAGGCUGAGAAGCUGAGGCCAAGGCUGUUUUUUCAUUCUUAGCAGUCCUCAAUCCACAACCUUGCAGUGGCCCACCUUUGGUCUCUUUUACACUGUAUGGUCCUAGCUCCUCCCCUUGUCAGUCCACCCACUCCCCAGAGGGCUGUGGCCCCGAAACCUUUGCCUUGCCUCCAGAUUUAACUCCUGGAAAUACUGGAGUUUCUAGGAAGUUUCCCCUGCAGCCUAGGCGCUUCUGGGGUGGGAGGAGAGGCAGGAACAGAAAGGACCAGAAAGGGUGGGAGGAGAGGGAGGAACAGAAAGGACCAGAAAUGUGAACUGGACACCUAGAGAACAGGAUGUGACUUUAGGACUCUUACUUGUGUCUAAAUUUCUAACACAUUCUCCAACCCCAGUUUAUCUCCUGUCCUCCCCGGCCCUUCUGUUAACAAAAAGCACAAACCAGACACACAGCUCUUGUCCAGAUACUGAGAGUGAGCCCUGCAUAGUCCUGGCCCUUGUUGCAUCCCCAGCUCUGUUACCUCAAUGACCAGCGUAAUGUGUUUGUGUAGCCUCUGAAGUGCUAGAGCCAGUGCUAGAUCACCGCUUCUCUAAGAAGUGCCUUCCUAUCUUUUUAAGGCCAGCUUUCGGCUUGUGUUAAAAUCUCAGCUGAGAGGUCUUGCAGACGGGGUGGCAAAGUGCUGUCAGUGUAUUUCCUGUGGCAUGGCACAUGGGGCUGGACACAGCUCCACUGAACUUUGGAGCCCCCAGAAAGGAGUUUCUGAAAAGUAGGGCUCUUUGGAAUUUCUUGGGAGCUAGGAAGUAGGAGUCUAGACCUACUUGUAUCACCAUAUCUGGCUCCCCUUCACUUUUGUUCUAACUAGAAAAUUCAGAGCAGACACUGACAAGGCAGCUAGAUCUGUAGCUCUGGCCAAAGCAAGUGAGAAGGGUUUGUGGGUAUGACGGCUGUUGGGUAAUGCAACUCAUUUGGGGCCUUCAGGCUGGGGAGAGGGGGAGUGUGAGGAAGGCCAGGAUAUCGAUGGGCUGGUGUGGCACUGAGCCUCAGUCACAGCGAUCCAGCUUUGGGUCCCCAGUGCCUAGGAAUGUUGGCCCCUGGAUUGUCCGUAUGAAUGUGAAAGGAGCAGAAAGGCCUGUUCACAUGGGAAACAAAGCUGCGGUCUGAAAACCGGAGGGACGCAUCUAUCUCAGUUUGGUAUUUGGAGACCAGGGGCCUGGACGUUAGCAGGAUGGUUCUGGCCACCGUGAGCAUCAACUGAAGAUGAUGUGGCAGCUGUCUUGUCAGUGUCUGCUCUGAAUUCCCUGUUAGAAAGUGAAAGUGAGCCAGGCAUAGUGACACAAGCCUGCAAUCCCAGCUACUCCAGAGGCUGAAGCAGGGGAAUUGCAAGUUUGAUUCCAGCCUGAGUAACUGGGAAACAGCCUGAGAUCCUGCCCCAAAACUUAAAUGAGGGCUGGGGUUGUACCUCAAAUUAGUCUUUCCAGAAUGAAAAAUGAGGGCUGGGGCUGUAGCUUGGUGGUAGAAUGCUUGCCUGUGUGUGAGGCCCUGGGUUCAAUCCCCAGUACAGGGGAAAAAACAAGAAAUAAGUGAAAACGAUGGGAUGGGUAAUGGGCAGUACUUCCCCAGAAGUUCGCGGUGUCCUCUCCUUUCCAGAACGAGCACUGCCCAGUGGAAAGAGCAUCACCUCCCUAUAUAAUUAGGCUGGGAGGAAGUCAAGUCACAGAUACAUAGAGCCAAGCCUACCAGCUCCUGACACAUGCAUCAGGACCAUGGGACAGACCUGGACACCAGCUCUCUCCAGCAGGGAGCACAGACUGUGAAGAGCCUGGCGCUGGGGGACCUCAGCCCCACCCUGUGAAGCACCCACCAGCUCCUCUGUGGACCUAGGGGCUUCUGCCUCUUCUGAUUCCUGCCCAGAGCCCAGGAACCUCUGGGCUGGAGUUAUACUCUUAACUAGGAAGCAACAGUAUCUGCUCAAGAUAGAAGCCAAGAUAAGAGCACUGCCAGGCAACUCAGUCACCUGCUGACCUGUGACUGUCCUUUCCUCAGACUCUUGUGGGUCCUGCUUCCCACGCCGUCACUCUCCCGGCCAGAGCCACACCUACAUCUCAGACCAUCACAGCUGCCACUGCCUCAGCUGCGAUCUCAAAGGACCCCUGCCCCUCCUCACCCCCAGUGCUGCCAACAGCUGAGCCGUGCCCAGCAUUGGAGGUGACCUAGCCAGAGUGCAAGUGCCACUGAAUGGAACACUGACCUUGUCCUGUAUGGCCUGCAGCCGCUCCCCUCACCUCAGCAUCCUCUAUUGGCUGAGCAAUGGCUCCUUCAUUGAGCCCCUCCCAGGCCAGCUGAGGGAGUACAGCACCAGGUGAGGGUCUGAGCCAUACCAGUGGGAGGUAGGCCUCGUCCUAUAGCCCUCACUUUUCCUUCCCUGCUCCAGCCAGGAGCGAAGAAGCACAAGUACCCAGCUGUGGAAGGCCUUAGUGCUGGAGGAGCUGAGCCCUGCCCUGUGAAGCACCAACUUAUCCUGUGUAUUUGCAGACCCUGGACAGGUUGCCUAGUGUCACGUCCUCCGGCCCAGCUCUGGGUAAGGAACAGAGCUCUGCUUCUGUGUGGGAAUAAAGGGUGGAGUCUGCCAGGGCAGCCACUAGGCUAUGCUCACCACUGCCCAAGGCCAGCCUGAGGUGCAAGCGAAAAGAAACUUUGGUCUCUGGCAGGGAGGGAGGCAUAGCCUAGACAGAAAUGACCAAAUGUCCUUCCACUCUUGGCUCUGAAUUCUCUGCCUCACCCCAGGAUGGGCUGAGGAUAAGCUGCCCUCUCAAAAAGCCCUGCCUUCUAGCCCAGGGUCCCCGCUGCCCACAUCAGCAGGGUCAGGUCAACACAGAACAGCAAAAGCAUGACCCCGAGCAGCCUUUCCCACCUGCCUA